GUGAGGAUUGAGAUCGGAAAAAAAUGGAGGAAAGAGGAUUUAUGUCACCUUCAUUGGCCAUAUCGGCGUCUUAUCGACAAGGAGGAAGCAAAGGCAUGUCACGACGGAGGUCAAUGAGGCCAAGCCUUGACGCGGAUAACGAGUUCAUGAACGUUCUCCAUGGCUCAGAUCCCGUGAGAAUUGAGUUAAAUCGGCUGGAGAAUGAAGUCAGAGGGAAUUAUCAAGGACAAGCUGAAAUCAAAGCUUUGAGGUUGUCUGAACGACAAAGAGAGAAAGCUGUUGAAGAGAUUGCUAAACUUCAAGACGACAACAAAUCAUUGGACCACCUAACCAAAUCAAAGGAAGCAGCUUUGCUUGACGUUGAAAGGACAGUUCAGUCUGCAUUGGCAAAGGCUUCAAUGGAAGAGAAUAAAAUUAUAGACAAGAUGCACAGACAGAAGGUUGCAGAAGUUGAAAAGCUUAUGCAGAGUGUGCGGGAGUUAGAAGAAGCUGUUCUUGCUGGUGGUGCAGCUGCAAAUGCAGUGAGAGAUUACCAGAGGAAAUUUCAAGAAAUGAAUGAAGAGAGGAAAAAUCUUGAACGGGAAUUGGCCCGUGCGAAGGUAAAUGCAAAUAGAGUUGCUACUGUUGUAGCAAACGAAUGGAAAGAUACUAAUGACAAAGUGAUGCCUGUAAAAGUGUUAGAAGAGAGUUUAAAGGGGCCUACAAGCAGCAGCAGUAGAGGCACAUCCGUUGGUAGAAGUUCGAGCAACGGGCCUUCUCGAAGACAAGCCCUCGGUGGAGCUGAAACAACAUGCGAAAGGAACAUCAAGAUCAUUGAUGGGGACACCAGAUCACUGGAUAGAAGCAAAGUGCUAAUAAAUGGACCAAGAUCGAAUUUUUCUUUGAACCACCAAUCUUCUGAAGGAACUAGCAGAGGCGAGACGCCUAGCUCAAUAAAAGGGGAAGCAGAAGCAGAUGACAAGUCAACAAAUAAUGAUAGCGUCCCCAGUGUCUUGUACGAUUUGCUGCAGAAAGAGGUCAUAACAAUAAGAAAAGCUGCGCAUGAUAAAGAUCAGAGCCUGAGAGACAAGGACGAAGCUAUUGAGAUGUUGGCCAAGAAGGUUGAAACAUUAACAAAGGCGAUGGACGUUGAGGCAAAGAAGAUGCGAAGAGAAGUAGCUGUAAUGGGGAAAGAAGUUGCUGCAAUGCGUGUUGAUAAAGGACAACAAGAUAGUAAGACCAGACGUCUCUCGGCCUCAAAGGGAAACACUGCUCAACUUCUUUCUGGAAGAGUGUCUGGACGAAUUGGGAUGACGAGGAGCACGCAGUGACAAACUGAUUCGAUCAACGAUCUCUGUGGGUUGCCUUCAAUGGUUCUUGUGCCAAAUUGAGAGAAGGGAUUCAAAAGCCGAAAGAGAUAAUCUUGUAAAGAACCUGAUUGAUUCGAUGUGUGCUUCUUCUCUAAAGCAUUCCAACAUUCAAGGUAAAGGGAGACAUUGACUUCACU